AUGAAAUUAUCAAGUAUAUUAUACGUAUCCGUACUAGCCCAUUUAGUUAUGAGUAAGAAUGUUAUUGAUUUAGAUCUGUUCAAAGAAUCUUUACAUGAGGAGGACCAUGAUAAAAGGGAUGGGAAAAAUGUUAUCGACUUGGAGCAAUUUGAAGCAAGCACACAACAAGAGCAAAAUGAGAAACGAGAAGCUAAAAACGUUUAUAACUUGCAAUCUUUGAAAGAAGACCAUAUUGGUGAGAAUGAGAAAAGAGAAGCUAAAAACGUUUAUAACUUGCAAUCUUUGAAAGAAGGGCUUGAUGAUGAGAAUGAUAAGAGAGAAGGUAAUGUUAAUAAGCCGGAAGUUCUGGAGGAAGGAUCCAAUAAAGGUGACAAAAGGUCAAUGCAAAAUGUAAUUGAUAUUCAAGAACAAGAUACACAUCAAAAUUUGCUUCAAUCUAUUUUACCCCAAUUGCAAUCUAUAACGAUAUUCACUGGAUAUAUAAGGGAUGAUCCAGAAUUAGCAAUGAAGACUGCAGAUUCUAAGCAGUCCAUGAUUAUAAUUGCGCCUUCUGACGAUUCAAUCAGUAGUAAAUUGAACAAUUUGAAACCUUGGGAAUUUCCAAAUGAGUUGACAGGGAAUUCCGAUGAUGAUAGGAUAGUGAGUGAAAAUUUGAAGAAUUUUUUGAAUGGCCAUGUCAUUGUUGAUUUCAAAGAUAAGUUUGUUACUAGCAAUGAUGAAAUUAUUGCAAAUUUAGUCAACGGUAAACAGGUAAAAAUUAAACAGGAAGGAUCUGACAAGUUUAAAAUUUCGACAGGAGAUAAAUGGAUCAAGGUUGAGACUGUCAAACAAGUUGAUAAUGGGUAUAUUUUUGUAAUUAAUGAUGUUUUAGUGAAACCAUAA